AUGACUCCUCCAGAAGAUCCAGAUUCCUCUGUUGAUGAGGAUGAAGUGAACCAGAUACACAAGAAGUGCCAGGCCAUGAUAAACCACUUGAGUGGGUCAGAUGAGGAGUGUCAAAGCAAUGCCUCUGGUGAUUCCUUGGUGAAUGUGCAUGGCCUAUCACUUGCACCAUCACAUCCACCCCAUCAAGACUCAAGUCAGGAGUCAGGGGCACCUUCUGUACAUGGUAUCAUCAUGUGUCCCAUGGCCAGGCCUACCACAUGGGUGAUGGCCUACCAGACUCUAGGGACACUCUGGUAUGAAACUUGGAUCGAUGCCAGCAUCCUCAACUUUCAUCUCCUGUCCCAAUGGUAUGCCAUCCAGGGCAGGAUGCAUGUCCACUAUGCUGACUUGUUCUCUGCCAUUCCAUCUGUCAGUGGGGGCACCCAUGCCUUACCAGAUGCACAGGAGAUUCAAUUUUUUCAUCAACACCAUCUCUUCAAUUCCCAUCCUGCUGAUCCAUCUGUUCCCAUUGCCUUUGUGGUCAUGCAAAACAGUCACUUCUUUGUUGCAGUCUUUGAUUAUUGGUUGAACCUUGCAUUCAUCCUUGGAAGGCACAUCAAAUGCAUCCCAGAAACCCCCCAUCCAUACUAUGACCCACUGCACCAUGACUGGAAUACAUGGAAUGGCCCUUUCUACUGGACAUGCAUAGCAUCUCUUCAUGGAUUUGAUGCCAUCAACCCAACCCAAGUUGAUGUGCAGGUGUACAAUUGGUCACAGAACAGUUUCAACUGUGGGCCCAUUGCACCCUUUGUCAUGGAGUCACUCAUGAGAGGAGGGCUAUCUGGUGAUGGCAGGCCUAGCAUCCACAUCCCUCCAAUUCCUUGUGGUCAUUGUCUCCACCUUAGAAUGCUUGUCAUGGUGAAGGAGGGCUGUUGA